CUCUCUGUGGCCUCCCAGGGCAAGUCAGAUGAACGGAGCAUAACCAUAGCAGGUAGUUCCGCGUCUUCACAGUUGGUCCUUGACCUCAGAUCACAAGCACAUCAGCAAAACAUGGUGCUCGCAGCCGUUGGGCAAAUAUGCUCGACCGCAUCCAUGACUCAUAACCUUGCUCAAUGUCAAAAGCUGGUUCAUAAGGCUGUACAGGCUGGUGCAAAGGCUCUGUUCCUUCCUGAGGCUUCGGACUACAUAGCGUCAUCACCAACCGAAUCAGUGUCCCUAUGUCAAGAUGUUACCAAGAGCCUUUUCGUGCGUGGCCUGCAACAAGCUGCUCGUGAGAACAGAUUGUCUAUCAACGUGGGCAUCCAUGAGCCCACAGAUCCACCUUCCAAAAGAAUCAAAAACACGUUGAUCUGGAUUGACAAAGAGGGGGACAUUGUACACAGAUACCAGAAACUGCACUUGUUUGACAUCGACCUGCGUCCGGAUGGUCCCAGAAUGAAAGAAAGUGACUCUGUAGAACCAGGGUCAGAGGUCGUGCCGCCAUACGCCUCGAUACUGGGGAAAAUUGGCAGUCUGAUUUGCUUCGACCUACGAUUUCCUGAACCUGCAGUUCGACUACGCCGAUUGGGUGCCGAGGUCUUGCUUUACCCUUCUGCCUUCACCGUCCCGACGGGAAAACUCCACUGGGAGAUUCUACUGCGAGCAAGAGCUAUCGAGACUCAGAGCUGGGUGAUAGCAGCGGCACAAUGCGGGAGACACAAUGAAAAACGCGUCAGUUUUGGUGAUAGCAUCGUCAUCAAGCCCACUGGCGAGGUUGUCGGACGAUUAGACCGCGUCGACGAUGCCAAAAUCGAGAAAGAACAUGCUCGCGAGCCUGAUUUGCUCACGGUCGACAUUGACCUGGACUCUGUCAAAGAUGUAAGGAGAGGCAUACCUCUGUUAAGAAGGACCGACGUGUAUCCAGAGAUUUGAAGGUAUACAUUACAUCCAGUGGUACUGAGACUUCGCUCCACCAAUAUGCGUGGUAAGGUACGAAGAGCAGCUUUUGACCGGAGGUUUGGUGUUGUCAGUCGUGUCUCAAUCACCCUUGCAGAUGCGCUUGAUCAGGACAUCACGUCAGUGCAACGGGGUUUGUAGUUUGGGCGACAAGAUUCUAAGGGAGAGUGCAUGAUGAUAGCCAUAGACAAAUUCGACAUCAGAUGUGAAACAUCC